UCUGCCUUUCGCUGCUGUCGCCCUGGCCCUGCCUCGGCCCGCUAUGGCUCCCGGUGACGCCCUGCCCGCCCUGCCUGCGCUCCUGGCCCUGCUCGGAGCUCUGCUCCCAGGACCUGGAGGUGCACAAACGUUUGUCUUCCCCCAAAAGGCCACGCUGCCCCGAGGAGGAUCGGUACAAGUCAACUGCAGCUCCUCCUGUGACCAGCAGGCCACCUUAGGCCUGGAGACCGACUUGGCUAAAACAGAGGUGGCCCGUGGAAACAACUGGAGGGCCUAUGAACUGAGCAGCGUGCAUCAAGACAGCAAUCUGAUAUGCUUUUCAGUCUGCGACGGUCACCAGACAAUGGCUUCAGCCUCACUCACCGUUUACUGGUGCCCGGAUCAGGUGGAGCUGGCACCCCUGCCCCCGUGGCAGCCUGUUGGCGAGAACCUCACCCUGCACUGCCAGGUGACUGGAGGGGCGCCUCGGUCCAACCUCACCGUGGUGUUUCUCCGUGGGGAGGAGGAGCUGAACCGGCAGCCGGUGGUGGGGGAGCCCGCCGAGGUCACGGCCACCGUGCCGGUGGCCAGAAGCGACCAUGGACUGAAUUUCUCCUGCCGCGCAGAACUGGAUCUGCGGCCCCUAGGGCUGGGACUAUUCGAGAACACCUCAGCCCCCCAUCAGCUCCGAACUUUCGUCCUGCCGUCGACUGGCCCGCAACUUGACAGCCCCUGGGUCCUGGAGAUGGGCACGCAGGGGACCGUGGUCUGCUUUCUGGACGGGCUGUUCCCAGUCUCAGAGGCCCAGGUUCACCUGGCACUGGGGGACCGGAGGCUGGAUCCCACGAUCACGUACCACAGGGACUCCCUCUCGGCCAAGGCCCCGCUCGAGGCGAAGGCAGAGGAGGAGGGCUCCCACCAGCUGACGUGCGCGGUGAUGCUGGGGAACCAGAGCCGGGAGACUCGCCAGAGCGUGACCGUCUACAGCUUCCCAGAGCCCACCCUGACUCUGAGCAAGCCAGAGGUUUCAGAAGGGACGGAGGUGAUCGUGGAGUGCCAGGCCCAAGCUGAAGCCGUGGUGACGCUCAGUGGGGUUCCAGCGGGGCCACCAGGCCCGCUGGCCCAAUUCUUGUUGAACGCCAGCGCUGAGGACAACGGCCGCCGCUUCUCCUGCUCUGCUGCCCUGGAGGUGGCCGGGCAGGUGCUGCAGAAGAACCGGACCCGGGAGCUCCGUGUCCUGUACGGCCCCUGGCUGGAUGAGAGGGACUGCCCGGGAAACUGGACGUGGAAAGAAGGCUCCCAGCAGACUCUGAGAUGCCAGGCCCGGGGGAACCCGUCCCCCCACCUGAACUGUUCCCGGGAAAAGGAUGGGGCUUUGCUGCCCAUCGGCAACCUGAGUUAUGUCACACGGAAUCUUUCGGGCACCUACGUCUGCCGGGCCAUCAGCAGUCGUGGGGAGCUCACCCGGGAGGUGUCCGUGACAGUGACUUACUCAGACCACCAGAAUAUAGUGGUCAUCGUUGUGGUGACAAUCUUAGCCACCGUGGGUGCUGUGGCGUCCGCGGCUUACAUCUAUAACCACCAGCGGAAGAUCAAGAAAUACAAGCUACAAAAGGCUCAGAAGGCGACCACCAUGAAGCUGAACACACAAGCCACGCCGCCCUGAGCCCCGCCCAGGACAGGGGCUCCUCCUCGGCCCCCCGCGUGGUGAACAGAGUGUUGGACAUAUGCCAUUCGGCUACCUCCACUGCUCCAGGAUGCCAGAGGACAGGACAGCAGCCUCAGUCAGAUGCAGAUGGCAUUUGGGGUCAUAGCACCUUCAGGCCUCAUGCCUGACCUGUAGCCCCAGGACCGAGCCAAGAGGAGGGGGCGAGACUCUAGCCAUGAUUGUGAGGAAUACCAAAGUCUAACCUGGCCACAGUGGGAGUGAUAAAAGACACAUACCCCCAACAUGGGGACACAUAGCAGGGAAAUACUGAAACUCACGGCCUGCUGUGUGCACCGAGGCCUCACAGCCUCAAGGAAGAAGUGGCCCUGCACAGACACGUGCAGCAUCGAAACACAAAUGCCCAUACUUCCUCUGACAGAUGUCAGCUCUGGCACUGCUGUAGACUAACUGUCCUCAACUCUCGAUGAUGACAUAUUUAUUCAUUUGUGAUUUUACCAGCUAUUUAUUGAAUGCCUUUUGUGUAGGCUAAGACGAUGAACAAGUUGAAUAUAGAGGUUCCUGCCUUCACGGAGCUCCCAGUCUAAUCUCAUUCAGGGCCUCCAGGGACAGUUGUACAGGCUGUGCACUGCACAAAAAGAUCAGUUUCACACUUCAUUGUCCUUCAAAGGUCCAUAAUCACCUUUCUCCGGGAAGGGUGAUUUUUCUAUCUGGCACAAAGGCACUACAGGGACUAGCAAUGGUUACAUGCUCAGGGACCACCCAGUGAGUCCUUACCCACCCACCCCACCCCCAGCACUGACACUGACCUUUGUUAGUCACCUCCCCACCCACAUGUGUCUCUGCCAGUGUUCACAACGGCCAUGCCCAAACAUGGGUGAUCUGAGUCUGUCGGAAGACACAUGGGUGCCUUGACAGCUAAACCAUGGACUGCCAUGAAACUGUGUCCAACCCCUGUGUGUCGCCUUGUCCCACCUGUUUCCGUCUCAGUGGAACCACAAGGGAACAGAAUGCUCGGCAGCUCCAAAUUCCUGGAGCGACCAGGGCCCUGCAAGCAGUUGGGGGAGGGGCUGAGGCCUUACAGGACCCCCUCCCAGCCACCUCUG